AGUUCUAGCUCGUUCGCUUCCGCUCCGUGCUCGUGCGGUGCGUCAUCAAAUCCACCCGGAAACGACGUGAGGAAAGUGAAGACCAACGAACGUCAAAACAGUGCAACAUUCUCUCUUCGCUGUUAUCGUAUACAAAGCCGGGUUUUCUAGCAGUAAAAGAUAUAUAAUCACCCCUGCUAGUGCGUGUAUCGUUAUAAUAGAGCAAGCAUAAUAUAUAUAUUAUAGAGAGAGAGCUGUAUACAUUCAUCCGCACACAUAGAAGACGAAGUGGCAGUAACACCAGCCCGCCAUUCCAGCGAAGCAUUUCCAACCACGAAGUGUCUUCUUUUUUUGUUAGCUUUGUGGAUCCCCUUGUUUACCUUCACAUUCGAAGCCAACACAUAUACAAAGAGAGAGUGAAGAAAGGAAGGGAAGCGGUGUUUGUCAUCGAGGUAGCCUGCGGCCACGUCACGAAUAGUAAGCCGGGCAUUGCUGCUCUUCUUUCUCCUUCGAUAGACCCCAAAAACCGUCAAGUACAUUCACACUGUCACCGCUACUUCGCGUGUGUGUUUGUGUGUUUCUCUGCGCAGUAGGCUUACGUUGCAGGUAACUGCGAAUCGAUCGCUUCGUGUGCUAGCGUGCUUAUUGAAAAGGCAUUGAAGCAUACAACAGCCACAGUAGGCCACUCUUAUACAAUCGAACGCUCUGCUCACUUUACCCUUUGUUCCCGUAAUGUCUAGCAGUGAAAAGAAGCACGCGGCGUGGGUGGACGUGGUGGCGGGGGGGUGCGGUGGCGCCCUCGCCAAGUCCCUCCUAAGCCCCUUCCAACGGAUCGUCGUGCUGCAGCAACUAGGUCAGCACAAGUCGUACAGCAUUCGGAAACUUGCUCAGCACAUCUACCACCAAGACGGACUCAAAGGCUUCUGGCGUGGCAAUCUAACCUCCAUGGUCAUUCGCGUUCCGUACAGCGGCAUCCAGUUCCUCCUGUACAGCCAGUGCAAGUUCGUUCUUCAAGAUUGGCUCGACAGUCGCCGAAAGCAGAGGGCAGCGGAACAUGCCGCCGAUACCGACGGCAGCGAGAAGAGCGUCAUGGAGUCCCGAAACGUGGAGUUGAUAGAGAAGUUUAUUCUGAAGUGUGGGGCCGGCGGCAUCUCCGCCACCGUCGCCGGUGCUGCAGUCUACCCAGGCGAGGUCGUGCGUCUGCGUCUCAUGUCGGGUGAAAAGGAAUUUACGGGCAUCGCGCAUACCUGCCGCCUUGUCUACCGCGAGACGAACUCGUUGCGCAACUUUUAUCGCGGCUUGGGUGCAUCGCUUAUGCAGAGAGUGCCCGACAUCCUUGUCAGUUUCGCGACGUACGAGACAAUCAAGUAUGCGGUGCUGGACAGCCCGAACCCGCCCUUCUUCAAAGACAACUUUACCGCGCGAAACCUUCUCGCUACGAUUCUGGGUGGGUCUGCCGCCGCCAUUGCAUCCAUUCUCGUAGCCUUCCCGUUGGAUGUAGCGAAGCGCCGUAUUGGUAUGUCGGGCAAGAGCACCGACAAGGUCGUCUACAAGGGCGUGGCGGACUGCCUGGGAAAGAUUUAUGCAAAGGAAGGUAUCCGCGGCUGGUACUCUGGCUCUUUCGUGGAGGCGGUACGCUGUGUGCCGCAGGUCAUUCUGAUGUGGAUAUUUAUCGAGAGCAUUCAGAAGCACCUGUCGCCCUAUGCAGCAGUUGGAGCGGAAGACUCGAAGGCGGAAGAAAAGAAAUAG